AUGGCAUCAGAAACAACCAUCACUAUAGUGCACGUGUAUUUUGACCAUCACCAUUCCGGGAUUGGAGUGGUAACGUCCAGGCCGUCAAUAUCGUGGAGAUUUGGAGGGACAACAGUUGGCUGGACGCAAGAAUCAUGCGACAUAGAGGUUUGCCUGAGACAGCAGGCCUCAUAUCCGGCCGCGGACGCUAUUCAAAUAUUUACUCUCGAUACUACACAUUCGGUCAACGUACCUUGGCCGGCAAGGGAGCUCUCCAGUGGCGAGCAAGGUACGGUUCGUGUGCGCAGCCGAGGACAAGGUAUCGAGACUACUUGGUCAGAGCCAUUUCGAGUAGAAACAGGACUUUUGAAAGCAAUAGACUGGACAUGCGACUUGAUCGAGACGCCAUUUCUGGUCGAAACCACCGAAACUCAUCCUCCAACGCUUUUUCGACGAUCUUUUGUCCUCAAGCAAGUGCCUUGUAAAGUACGCUUAUAUAUCACAUCUCACGGCAUCCAUGAAGCUGAGAUCAACGGCAUCAAAGUUUCCGAUCAGGUGUUGGCACCAGGAUGGACAGCAUAUAAUCAUGAGCUGCAGUAUCAGGUCCAUGACGUUGGACAGCUUCUCCGUCAAGGGACCGAAAAUGUGAUUGGGAUUCACGUGGCCGAGGGGUGGUAUUGCGGAAGACUUGGCUUUGGUGGAGGCCGGCACAACAUCUGGGGCUCAAGACUUGGCGUCAUUGCUCAGCUCGUAUUGACCUUUCAAGAGGAGAUAACCCAGACCAUCGGGUCAGACUCGGACUGGACAUGCCAUCGCAGCCCGAUAGAGACUGCUAGUCUCUACGAUGGAGAGACUUAUGACAUGGCGAAAGAGCAAGUAGGAUGGUCUUCAGCCGGAUUCAACGACGAGGGCUGGAGCGCAGUCAAAGUAUGCGGAUAUGACCCAGAACGCCUGACAUGUUCGGAUGGACCUCCGAUCCGUCCUACCCAAUCUCUGUCUGCAAUCCAAAUCACUCACAGCAGCAAUGGUAAUGCUAUACUCGAUUUUGGUCAGAACUUGGUUGGCUGGGUGCGGUUCAGAGUUCCUAAAGGCCCUGCGGGGCACAAGAUCACGCUUGUUCAUGCAGAGACACUAGAGAACGGCGAGUGCGUUACCAGAACUCUCCGCCACGCCAAGGCGACGGACGUUGUGGUACUGGGGCAAUCUUCAAGCCCGGAAGCAGUCUACUGGAACCCCAGGUUUACUUUUCAUGGGUUUCGCUAUGUCGAAGUUAUUGACUGGCCAGAGGCUGAGCUGCAGCUGGACGACUUCUCAGCCGUGGUUAUCCAUAGUGAUAUGCAAAGAACAGGAUACCUCACCUGUUCCGAUCCGCUGAUUAGUCGCCUUCACGAGAACGUCGUGUGGUCUAUGCGAGGAAACUUUGUCGGUAUCCCCACAGACUGUCCGCAGAGAGACGAACGGUUAGGAUAUACUGGAGACAUACAGAUCUUUUCGCCAACUGCCUGCUUCCUCUAUGAUUGCUACAGCACACUCAGGAGCUGGCUCCGGAACCUCGCAGCUGAACAGAAAAAGGGUGCAAACGGUUCUCCGCCUAUCUUCUCACCAAAGGCAAUGCCCGUUCCUAACUUUCCGCUGGCUAUCUGGGGCGACGCGACAAUCUUAGUACCGUGGGAUCUCUACUGGGCAUAUGGCGACGUUGAGAUACUAUCCACGCAGUAUGAGGCUAUGAUAGGCUGGAUAGACCAGGGGAUUCCACGCGCUGCCAAUGGCCUCUGGGGACAAGUGCGUGUCCAACUGGGAGACUGGCUUGACCCAAUGGCUCCUCCUGAUCGGCCUCAUCUCGGUAUCACAGAUCCUCAAUUGGUGGCUAAUGCCUAUCUGAUAAGAAUUACCGAUGUGAUGAGCGAGGCAUCUGCAUACUCGAAGCACGCUGUCGAGCUUCGUGCUGCUUUCGCCUCGGAGUACAUCACACAGACUGGCCGUCUCGUAUCUGACUCCCAAACGGCAUAUGCUCUUGCUAUCCAAUUCGAUCUUUUCCCUACACCUGCUCAGAGACACCACGCCGUGGAACGAUUGCAGCAUCUAAUUCUUCAUCGAUCUCGCUGCAAAAUUGCUACUGGAUUCGCUGGCACGCCUGCUAUAGGACAUGCACUCUCAAAAGCGGGAAAAUAUCAGCUAUUCUAUAUGAUGCUCACAAACACUAAGCCACCCUCAUGGUUAUAUCCUGUAACAAUGGGAGCUACGACUAUCUGGGAGCGUUGGGACAGUGUUCUCCCAGACGGUACUAUUCACCCUAGCGAGAUGACCUCGCUGAACCAUUACGCCCUUGGGGCUGUGGCAGAUUGGCUUCAUGCCUACGUUGGCGGAUUAAAACCGCUGCUUCCAGGAUGGAAGAAGUUUCGUAUCGCUCCGAAGCCUGGGGGUGGUAUUACAUGGGCAUCUGCUAGCUUUGAGUGUCCUUAUGGUGAAAUAGUGGUUGAUUGGAAGCUUGAUGACGGAAGCCUUGUUGUUGAUGUCAAUGUCCCGCACAAUACGACGGCUGAAGUGCAGCUAGGAACGAAAGAAUGCAAAGUGGUUGGUUCGGGCUUUCACACAUUCCGAGCUGCUCACAAAGGAUUAGCAUUUAAUCGAUAUAGUUCAAGUAAUCAAUACACCUGUGACGACUUUCUCAACUUGUUAGUCCUCUGA